AUGUCAUCCUCGAAGGCGUUUAUGUACGAGCUGGAGACCCGGCUGAAGGAGCUGAAGACGGAGAAGCACGAGAUGUUCAUGAAGCUGAAGAAGGUGCUGACCGAGGACGAGACGCGGCGUCGGCAGCAGCUGAUGAAGGACGCGCAGCAGACGCAGCACGGCCCGCCGCCGGCCAUGCAGCCGGUGAUGCUGCAGCCUCCCAUCUCUCAGCACGGCUCCGGCCGGCUGACGCUCAACAAGCACCCGGCCCACCACCCGUCGCUGCUGCAGAUGGGCAUGAAGCGGCCGCGGAGUCCGACGCCGCCGCGUCUCACCAGCAAACAGCAGGCGUACCGCCACGAGUACCUGUACAAGGGCCAGCCGCUGCCCUCCAUGAGCUACGGCCCGCUGUCGGCCGGCCACCCCCACGUGUCGGUGGCUUCCGUGGCCAGGGAGGAGAGCCAUCACCCGGUCUACAUGGCGCCUUCGAGAGGCUACGGCAUGGCCUCCCACAGCGUGAUGGACGCGCCGCCGCGCGAGAAGGGCGACUACUACGGCGCGUCGCACCGGCAGCCAUCGCACAUGGGCAUUCGCUCCACACCCAUCCUGCCCGUGCAGCAGCCUCAGAGUGGCAAGUCCGGCGGCAUCACGUCCGGGUACCCGGUGCGGACGGUGGGGCCCGGCGCCUACCCGCCAGCCAGCGGCAGCUCGCCGGCGGUGCCGACGAGCCGACAGGCGCCGCCGCGCUACUACUGAUGGUCAGCGCCUCUGGACCGGGCCACCCGCUCCGGGCCGGACCGGACGGGUGCUGUCGCCUCUUUCCGGCAGCCGACGGCGGGCCCGGCUGCGGCGACAGCCCGGCACCGGCUGACCGAGGGCCAACCUGUGGACCGGGUGUGAUCAGGCCCGGCGGACCUGGUCUCGUGCCGUGGUGGCGGAGGGGGCGGAGCUGCCUGGGCGGAGGAGCAGACUUGGAGUGGCGGUACUGCACGCCUCCGGUGCGGCUCGUUGCCACUGGGGUCAUGACGAUGUGCAUCUGAUUUCUGAAAGUUUUAUCCGAACCAUUUUUGAGAUGUGUGGGCUUCAUUCCUAUGUGAUCGAAUCUCUCAGCUGGUGCCGCACACAGUUCGAGGUAUUCUUUGGAUUGUGACGGAGCUUCAGUAAGAGCUCACACGUCUGGUCCCACCUUUUCAGGAUUAAGGUGAACCAAGCACCG